AUGGAACUCGAAGUGAUGAAUACAACAAAGAACACGGACACUAUCAAACUAUAUCCCCUGGGGGGUCACUCUGUUUUGGAGAUAGUUGUGAUAAUCCUCAUCACUGGGCCCCUUUCCCUGGUCACCAUCAUCGGUAACUUACUGGUCAUGAUUUCCUUUCGAGUCAACUGUCACUUGCGCACCGUCAACAACUACUUCCUGUUGAGCCUGGCUGUGGCUGACCUGAUCUUGGGGGCCAUCUCAAUGAACCUGUACACCACCUACAUCAUCAUGGGCCGAUGGAUCCUCGGGAACCUGGCCUGUGACAUCUGGCUGGCCAUCGACUACGUAGCCAGCAACGCCUCCGUCAUGAACCUGCUGGUCAUCAGCUUCGACCGCUUCUUCACCGUCACCAGGCCGCUCACCUACAACGCCAAGCGCACGCCACGGCGGGCGGCCAUCAUGAUCGGCCUGGCCUGGGCCAUCUCCUUCGUGCUGUGGGCGCCCGCCAUUCUGUUCUGGCAGUACGUGGUGGGGAAGCGAACGGUGCCCAAAGACCAGUGCUCCAUCCAGUUCCUCUCACAGCCCAUCAUCACGUUUGGCACUGCCAUCGCCGCCUUCUACAUGCCCGUCACCAUCAUGAUCAUCCUGUACUGGCGGGUGUACCGGGAGACCGAGAACCGCACGCGGGAGCUGGCCGGCCUGCUGGGCUCGCCGGGGGGGCACGUGGGCUCAUCGCAGGGGUCCGGGCAGCAGUCGGUUCCCUCCAGGAGUCCCAAGAGCAGCAGCAGCUCCGGCGAGGCGGUGGCGGUGAGCGGCUCGGAAAGACGGGCGUGGCCUCUGUGCGACUGCUUCGCCCUGCGACAUAAAGUGCCCCGGCUGAUGAGGAGGAGGGGCCCGGAGAAGCGCAGCUACCUGGAGGCCAACAGCAACGGCAGCUGGAACGUGGAGGAGGAGGACGAUGACUCCAGCUCCUCCUCGUUCACCGGGGAGGAGCCGGAUCCAGACGAGCGGGAGAUGGGCGCCACGGUUACGCCUGCACGCCCUCUGACGCAGGUGACCGGCGCUCACAGAGAGGCACAGGAAGGCCCGGGGGGCUCCGGAACCUCCAGGGCUAAAGACUCUAGAAGCAGCCAAUCGGGCAGCCAGUCUUCUUUUGGCCGAUCCAAACAGUCGCCGCCCAGCACCCCGAACAGGCCCAAAUCAAAGAAGAGGCGAAGCACGUCCCUCAUCAAGGAGAAGAAGGCCGCCAAGACCCUGAGCGCCAUCUUGCUGGCCUUCAUCGUGACCUGGACGCCCUACAACAUCAUGGUGCUGGUGUCGACGUUCUGCCACCACUGCGUGCCCGAUAAACUCUGGCAGUUGGGCUACUGGCUCUGCUACGUAAACAGCACGGUCAACCCCAUGUGCUACGCUCUCUGCAACGAGUCCUUCCGGGUCACGUUCAAGAUGCUGCUACUCUGCCGCUGGGACAAGAGGAAGUGGCGCAGGCCCCACCACAGGGUCCCGCCAUCCCACAGGCCACACAAGUCCACCACCAACGACACGAAUUCCCCUGCUUCCAAUGACACAAAUGUCUAA